CCAAGGGCAAUGCCCAGGGAAUGCUCUUCGACCUGUUCGUCAUGAUUUCCGAUUACUCGCAGGACUCCGUUGAGCAGCCCAAAACACCCAAUGAUGCCUGCAGCACGGCGUACUCGUUCUGUGGUCUGAAGGACAAAUUGUAUCCUGACAGACGCACCAUGGGCUAUCCCUUCGAUAGACGUCUGCCCAAUGCCAAUCUCACCCAAUUGGUCGGUGCCUUUGGCAACAUGGCCAAGACCGAUUUGAGGAUUGUCUUCAAUGAUCGCGUGAUUGACAAGGCCUAGAUGAUUGCUCCAACUAACAGAGCUCAUUUUGAGAAUCAAUGGAAACGGACUUGAAAACGGACAACUCUUGGAAUCAUACACUUUUUGCUAUUAACUUAUAAUUAACCAAACUUGUGCGCGUUUAUGUGGUGUUUUAUCGUUUAGUUACCCUCUACAAAAAUAAAUGUAAUAUUUGCAGGCAGUAA